AUGCCUGAAUACCGCCAACAGAAUUUCGACGACGAGAUCGAGAUGGUCACCCAUGCCUACGGGAGUCUACCUCUAUCCCACACGCCAAUGGAUGAGGCGCUGAGGACGAAGCCAACCCCAGAUACCGUACUUGCCAUGGUAAUAGACGCAUUGGUCAAGUCAAGACCUAUUUCACAUGAGUUGUCCCAAUCGACAGUCGCUGGACUUGUGGAGUACGACUAUCACAACAUUGACAAGCUUUCGGGAACUUCGUGGGAAGAACGAACUGAUCUCCUGAGACAAGUCGGGUAUAAUCGGUAUCGUGAACAGUGUGCUACAAAUCUAGGCAAUCUUUCUGAUUUUGUUUUGGUUAAAUAUGAUGGCGAUCUCAACAAUCUGCUCGAGGCUGCCCAUGAUGAUCGCGAGCAAGUCCGAGCUCGAAUAAAGGAGAUCAAAGGAGUUGGGGACUUGGGGGUAGAAUUAUUCCUGGACAAUGUUCAAAGUGUCUGGCCAUCCAUGGCUCCGUUUGUAGAUUCACGGAGUCUUCAUACAGCGGAGGAAAUUGGAUUGGGAAAUGACGUAGAGGCGAUAUACGACCAUCUACAGAAGGACCCUAUGAGGAUGAGUAUGUUUGCCAAUGGAUUGUCGGAGAUUCGAUUGGAGCACAAGCAGCAUGAGAUUGAAGAGAUGUGA